AUUAGCUCCAGGUAUUCCUGUAUGGUUGUUUACAAACCAUAACAUAGCCACCAGUGGAAGCUAUAAUUAUAUAAUACCUAUGUAAGAAAGACAUUCCAUGUCAAGUCAAACAAAAAAAUAAGCACCCCCUCCGAUUUCAACGAAUUGGCAUAAUUAGCGGGUAUAUUUCGAGGGUAUACACUUUCGCGGAAUGACAAUUAGAAAGGUUUUCGCAGAUUUAAUUUUCGCAGAAUAGCACUUUCUGUAGGAUGCAUGCAUGUGAUAUUAAUUCGUGGGUAUAAAUGUUCGCGGUAGAUGCUUGAUCAACAAAAACCACGAACAUUUAUACCCUCGAAAUAUACCUGCUAUACAGUACAUACCUUACCAUAAGUUAUAUAUCCACACCGAAUUUUAGCCCCCCAUGUGUCAUAUGGCUUCUUAGACGAGCCUAAUUUACCCAAAUUCAGAAGACAGAAUUAAUUAUGCUCUAAGAAUUAGUGUAUAGGUGGGUCAUCGAAAUUGGUGAAUUUUCAAAGGCUCGUCACUAUAAGAAGCCAUAUGACAUAUAGGGCUAAAAUUUGGUUAUGGUAAGGUACCAUAUAGUGGGUAUAUUUCGAGGGUAUACAUUUUUACGGAAAUGCCUUUAGAUUUAAUUUUCAUGGAAUAGCGCCUUUUUGCGCAUGCGAUAUUAAAUUCGCGGUUAUAAAUGUUCGCGGUACAUGCCUAAUCCGCGAAAACCAAGAACAUUUAUACCCUCGAAAUAUACCCGCUAUACAGUAUGUAUAUGCCAAGUUUAGUCUUGCAAGUGAUCUCGGCCUCCUAUAGGCCUUGACCACAAUCUACUGCUUGUGGCACUCACAGCCAUGUAGAGACUUAACUAUAAUUUUAUGUUGUAUAGCUUCCAGCCCCCAUUAUCACUGCUUCCACAAUUUCAUUGAGGUAUGUGUAUCACUCAUGUGUUUUGUGUAAAUUCUGAGAAUUUGCUUUGCAUAGAUUCUGGGCAACACUACCACAUUAGUGCCCUGUAUAUUAUAUGUAUCUAUAAUUAUUUCGAGGGUAUAAAUUUUCCCGGAAAUGCUUUUAGGACGAAUUUAAUUUUCGUGGAAUAGCGCCUUUUGCAGCAUGCAUGCAUGCUGUGUAGAUAUGUUAUGUUGUAUAGCUUCCAGUCCCCAUUAUCACUGCUUCCACAAUUUCAUUGAGGUAUGUGUAUCACUCAUGUGUUUUGUGUAAAUUCUGAGAAUUUGCUUUGCAUAGAUUCUGGGCAAUCUGCAACCACCAACACUACCACAUUAGUGCCCUGUAUAUUAUAUGUAUCUGUAAUUAUUUCGAGGGUAUAAAUUAUUUUCCCGGAAAUACCUUUAGGACGAAUUUAAUUUUCGUGGAAUAGCGCCUUUUGCAGCAUGCAUGCAUGCUAUGUAGAUAUGUUAUGUUGUAUAGCUUCCAGUCCCCAUUAUCACUGCUUCCACAAUUUCAUUGAGGUCACUCAUGUGUUUUGUGUAAAUUCUGAAAAUUUGCUUUGCAUAGAUUCUGGGCAAUCUGCAACCACCAAUACUACCACAUCAGUGCCCUGUAUGUGACCGGCUUUUCGGUUUAGGCAGCUGGCUGCAAGUGUUUGACUGACAGGCCAGUACCAGGCCCUCUCUCAGGAUCCCAACACUUACAGUCUAGCCAACCUUACCCAAUAACACAUGAUCCACGCCGUACGCAUAACACUCACUCCCCCAGGUUUGUCCAUACCAGGCAUGCAGGCACAAUGGCUUUCUGUGAUCAGGGAGGGAGGACAAAACAAAUUUCCUUGUCGAUUUUUUUCUUUUCCCUGUCCUGAGACUUUGUGCAGCCUGGAGUUAACGAGUACUGCCAAGACAAUUGAUUUGGUAAGUUACUGUGUUGUGUGUGUAUUCUAUGCAUACUUUUGUAUUUGUGUUGUGUACGUGCUUUAAGCAUACGUGUAUGUGUGUGGUGUAGUGUUCAUGCGGCCACUUUGCACACAAUUAAGUGACGAAGGAGCCCAAACUGAAUACAGCUGUUUGUAUUGUAUAGUCCCAGAGUGGACGUCCUAUUACAAUGAAUCAAAGAGCUCAUGCAGGCUGACAAUAGUACGCCUCAGGACUCUCCUAUACACACACAUGCAGUCUAGAAAAAUAUCUGUUCUUGAAAUUCAUUACACUGGAACGCAGUCAUAUAAUAACAGUUCCUGGUAUUUUUAUCUAUAAGGGACCAUUUUCUGGGAAUAUACAAAAACAACUAUAAUUAUAGUUAACCAUCGGCUCGAUCCCUUUUAGUUAUAGGCUGUAGCGGCUAUAUAAGAGUGGGGGUGCAUGCACGUAGUUACAAGUGUUGAACCUCAUCAAGAAAUGUUCAUUGUCUCAAUUGUUGGUCUGCUUGUGGCGGCAAGCCUCUCCCUCGGAGCUUGUCUGUUCCUCCUCUACACAGCCUACGUCUUCUUUCUGCACAGAAAGUACUCAAACCUUCCAUCUCCAAAGCGACCAAGUUUCUACCUCGGUCAUAUUCCUGACAUCCUCCAAGCCCGAAAGAAAAACAGAAAGUCCAUCUCAUUCGCAAUUAUCUGUAAGCACUGGUAAGUGUUGAACUGCUGCAUGUGGUGUGCAGGAUGGAAGCUGCCAACAGUGACACUAUUGUUGUCUUCUUUUUUCAUCAACCAAGAGUGCUUAUUGCAGACCCUAAUGUUGUGAAGAUGAUUGCCAUGGACAGCAAGCAUGGGAAAUCAGUAGAAUUUAUGAAACCACUUGUGAAUCUCUUUGGAAAAGAUUUUUAGGCCGCUCUCUGCUGCUGAUGCCCGAUUAUGAAUCAUGGAUUUUUGCAAGGGCUUGUUCCAAAGUUCAACUCGAUUGUUGACUGCCACCUGAAGAAGCUACAACCUCUUGCUAAUGGUAAAACCAGCACCCCCCUUGCAUUCUACAUUCAACAGUUUGUGCUCAGCAUCGUUUCUGAGUGUUUCUUCGGCACCAGCCUCAGUGCAAUGUGUGCAAAUGCUGCUCGGCACAUUACAGUCCCUGCCAGGUUUGCCUCCGGCCGCUUCAGGGAGCCACUGAUGUACAUCCUCUGGAGAGUCAAUGAGGGCCUCAUGACAAGCAUUUCAUCUGCAGCACCUACACUGAUGAGAUUCUACAGCCCAGUUGAAACUAAGGAGUACCAAGAUGCCAUAAGUGCGGUGAGGAAGUUGGGCAGGGACCAGAUUGAAGCGAGGAUCAAGGCCAUCGAAAGUGGACAGGAAACACCAACAGAUUUGCUCAAUCAAAUCCUCCAGUUAGCCUCUUUAAAUGGAUUUGGUAUGGAAGAGCUGGUGGAUAAUUUUUACAGCUUUCUGGGUGCAGGUUUUGACACUACACUGAAUACGAUACAGUUCUCCAUCAUCCUGCUGACACAACACCCUAACAUCAUGAUCAGGGUAGUGGAGGAGGUGGGUGAGGUGCUGGGAGAUAGAACCCAAGUGACCGUUGAGGACCUGAAAAAACUCACCUACAUGGAGCAGGUUUUGUAUGAGACUCUUCGUUUGUACACCAUCAUAUCAGGUGGCAUACCGAAAUCGUUGCACUGUGACGUAAACGUAGAUGAAGACCUAACCAUACCAGCAAAGACUACUUGUAUGCUGAUAUCUUCCGUCAUCUCAAGCAAAGCCAAAUACUUUGAGGACCCCGAAGUAUUCAAUCCUGAUCGCUUUGUUCCGGCUACUUCGCCUGAUGGAUUCACUUUCUUCCCGUUUGGCAUUGGUCACCGAGCUUGUAUUGGGAAACACUUUGCAUUGAUGGAGGCUAAGAUGUUUCUGGCGAGAUUUUUCCAGACGUUCACUGUCUCCCUCCCUGACGACUACACGCUGAUGCCAGAACUGGAGGGAUUGACACUCAAGCCUCAGGGGGACCUGGACUGUACAUUGGCUCCUGUGCCCAGAAAUUGAUCAUUGAACUAUAUAGCUAUGACUCAUCUAAAGUUAUAAAUUAUGUGUUAUAA